AUGGCUUCCAAGAAAAUAAUAAAAACUCAAACAAAUCUUGGGGGCAGUAGUCGAACGAUCGAACAUCAAGACCCGAAGAAAUCGAUCGAGGAUCUUUUCACGAAUCGAUUUGUCAAGAAGCCAAAUAAGCCUCAACUCCCAGCGGCAUUCUAUCAACAACCUACCAAUAGAGGCAGGGGAUCUGCUGGACAUUCCCCAGUGGGAUCGUCGGAUGAUGGGUUCAAGUCAAAUAGCCAAUUGACGCUCAGCCCUCAAUCAUCAACAUCACCAGGGGUGGGCCAACCCCAAUAUAUGCAUCAGAGAAUGGGUUCUGCCCCGGAACUGGUGAAUUCUUUGUAUUCGGCCCCCUCAUCCUCCUCUCAUAUCCCUCAACCGGGUAUCCCUCGGCCAAUGCAUAAACCCAGCUUCAGUAUGAGUGAAGUGUCCCACGAAAUCCCGUCAUAUCACUCCCGAUCUUUAUCGACGGAUGCCACGCAUCAUCAAAUGGAACCCCGUCUUGGUGCAGCGUGUUCCCCCUUUGGCGGUCCUCCCCAGGCCCCAGCCACGUCAUGGCGUUCUGAUCCUCAAAUAUCGGAACCGGAGCCGCCGCCACGACGUACAACUUCUACCUGGCCGCAGGGACGACACGGAAUCCAGGCCGACGCCUCGGCAUCGUCUUCUAUGCGUGGACGGGGAUACGUACAGCUAUUUUGUGCAAUCUACUACGUUAAGCUCACUCUUGCUAUGCGAAAGUGCAUCACUUCCGAUGCGGAUUGUACGCAUGUACGCUGUUGCACAGUGACUGCUCCGGCUAGCUGUGUCAUCGGCAUGAUUGGAACGGUGGCCGUGCUGGAGGGCGAAAACGAACAGUGCAUCUACUACGCAAAACAAAGCGGCAUUUGCGCAAGCGCUUCCGCUGCGGCAAUUCAGCUUCCAGCUUCCGCCGCCGCCACGACCAGUACUGUCGAUUCCGAAAAGCCUACCACCUACCCGAGUACAAUACUCAAAACCACCACAAUUAGUGAAACAACCACAUCCGUCGCUCCCCCAGCACUUAAACGAAUCCCGCGAUUCCUCAGAGGCAGUAAUAUAAACGUUUGGCGCGCCGGCCUUGCUGAUACCGUACCCACACCGAUGUAUUGUAACGGGAAUACUUGGUGGUAUGGCGCUAACGACCCGGGGUGCGAUGGAUCGCUGGAGCUAUAUGUUAAUCCUAAUGGUGCCCAACUCGUUGGCGCCAACCGGAAUAUUACUCUUUGGACCAGGCUCGGCUGGGUCGCAAACCUAACGAACUCAUGCGGCGCCAACCAAACAAUCUUCCAGUACCAGGGCAACCCAGGCUUUCAAUAUCUACGAGAGGAUGUCCGGCCCGAUGACGGGUACGACAGUCGAACGGCCAUCUUCGCAACUUGGUCCAGCUCGUCGACGUGCGUCGACCAGACCGUCAAAAAUCAAUGCCUCAAGAGUAACGUCGAAUCGACUGCUCCGCGUUGUGGU